AUGUAUCGACGCAGCGAUCCUCGCUUUCGCCGCACCAUCAAUGAGAUCUCCCAGACCUUUGAGAGCGCAAACGAGUCCGCCCAGGCAAACAUCUUUACCUUCUCCCACCGCUAUCUAGGCCCUUGCUUCUCCUCCAUCGGUUCUUGCUUUCAAUCCUGCUGCUCUGGUCUUACGUGCUGCGACGGCCGCUCAUAUCGCUCUCGCGCCCGUACACGCGGUCGCCCUGAGCUGAGCUUCGACUUCUAUGACGACUGGGACCACGACGAGACUGCCGGCUUGCUGGCAUGGGACAACGACGACCUGGACAGAGGAUCUGGCUACGGCGCAAGUGCCAUCUCGGAUCAGCCUGCUCGUGAGCGUGCAAUGAGCUACGGUGCCCGCCGAGACAAGUAUGGUCAUCGCAAGAGCCAACCUCGAGACGACCCCGACUCCGAUCCUACCCUCAUUCCUGCAUCGUCAUAUUUCGGCUUUCUUGGCCGCUUCUCCAGCAAGCUCACUGGAGCAAAGACUCUACGUUACAAGCCUUCUGCUGCCGACUUGCAAGAACACCCUGGCGCUGCGAGGACCAUGCCUUCACUCGCCGAAGAGGUUGAUUUUUCUCCUAGAAAGAGAAGCAACACCGCCGGGAGCAACAACACCACCGACUCGUUCAGCUCGAGAGGCGACCUUUUCCCGAGCGAAGACGAAGACGACGCCCGUGAGCUCGACGACGAAUUUGCCAUGGUCCUGGAGCGUCGGACAACCAGCGCCGCAUUGGAAGAUGUAGAUAAUAAUGGUAAACCUCGUCGCCCAGGGAAACGCCCAAGUACUGGCUCUAGAUUAUCAACUCGGACCAUGUCAAGCAGAAGCACACGCAGCUCCAAAAGGCGAUCUCGUGCAGUCAGCCCUUCGCCGUCAAGAGAAGUGGAACCCAAACCCGUACAGUCCUUGACCGAACUCAAACAAGAAGAAGACAGGCUACGAGAAGAGGAAGAAAGCACCAUUGCAAGCAGGAGAGAUGCUGCCCGAGGUCUCGCAUUAAAACGCGGAUUGAGUGUCAGCGAGUUGUCGCCCUUGGAUCCUGUGCCACCCUCUCGAGAGCCAAAGCUAGCAACAAGUUCUGAUACUGCACAGACCAUGUCUACAGAACACAUAUCGGAGCAAAAGUUAGCACCAGCUUUAGCAUCGCCGAAUGACGACAAGACACCGAGCAGCGAUACAGUGCCGUUCCCGAGCUUCGAUCCGGAAACAGCAGCAACAGAGGACGAAGGCGACUUUGUGCCAGCCCAACUGCCUCGAUUUACGGGCUCAUGA